AUUAAUCUGUCAAACCAUCAAAGUCCAGCUUGCCAAUCAUGAUUCUUAUACUUCAUCUAGAAAUUAUACUUAUACUUCAUCUAGAAAUUAUCUGGUCAAAGAACUAGGCAAAAUAAGUCCUCACAGUGAGUUCUAAGACACUCGGGUGAAUGGUUGUGAAGUUCACAGCGGAGUAAAAGUUUUUAAGUUAGCUGCUCAGCCACUCCAGCUGUGUCUUAGGACACCACUCCCAAAGCAUUAGAAUAGAUAACAGGAAAACUACAUUUGCUGUUUUUCUGUUUUAAUUAACAUAUAAUCCAUUUUAGAAGGAUUCCCUCUGUCCCCCCAACACACUCCAACUAGUGUUCUUGAGGUUAGUCACAACCCAGAGUAGCAUAUUCAAGAGACCUUCACACCUGUAGGCAAGGGUUUUCAGUAGGCCUCAAUGACUUUUUCAAUCCAGAAGCAGCCGAGGAAAGCUUAGUACUGGGUUUCCUGUGCAUCUCGUGAAAAAGAACUCUUAAGUGUAGCAAGACCAGCUCUUAGCAAAUCACAAGCUCCUCCACAAGCUUUAACAAACCACAAACCUUGCCAAAUCAACCACUUGCCCUUUCCCUGGAAAUUUGCCUCCUUGUCCCUCCCAUUUCCGCCCUUUGCGGUCAAACCGACACCCUCAGCCCCAAAGGUCCCACGUGAACGCUCCCAGGAAAUCAUAUUUUAAAUACGAGGCACAUAGGGUUUGCUUUUAGAUAAGUCGGUGGUCAAAAGCCACCUCCCAAAGACGCCAGUCUCCUCCAGAUCGCUGUCCGGGCAGAGCGACGAUCCUCGCCAGGCCACCGGGGGGCGGGGCCUGAGCUGUGCCCGCCCCCCCGCGCGCGUUUACGUCACUAAGCUGCGUCCAGGUUCUCGGCGGCUGCUCUGGUGUUGGCGGCGGUGCCGCCGAAGGCUGUCCGAGGUAGGCUCCUCUUGGCUCUCCCAUGGAGGAGGCGGCGCUCACUGCAGUCCCGGAUGCACGAACUUCCCGCGGGACGUCGCCGGAGGCGGUGGCCGUGUGCGCGCAGAAGCGAGCCGCCUGCGUGGGGGUGUGAGCGGGCACCUGGGUCGGGUCCCGGAGGGAGCCGUGUCGCCCGCCGGCCUGCGACUGCCCUAAGGUAGCUACUUCCUGUAAGCAAGCUCCAGGGCUGAGCUGAGGCCAGUCUCGGCCGUCAGAGGUCGGAGAGAGGCCCCCGGGGCGACUUCUUUUUUCGCGUGUUCGGAGGUGGACGCAGCUUCCCUAGUGAUCCGCAGUGAGAAGUCCAUGGGUGGAGGAACUACUCCUCCAUGGUUGAAUACUUUACAUGGGAAUAAAGGAUAGCAUUUCCAAGAAAAUGAGAAUGAAUAAGUCAUCUCUGCUUUUAAAAAGAAAGACCACAUUAAACUUACAUGAGCUGCAGAGGGACGACUAGAAAUCCCUUGAAAGAGCCAUCCUGGAAAUGUUUUGUACUGAUGCUGCUGUCUGAUCUGUUUCUCCUUCACAUGAUGGACAUUACCUUAGGCUAUUGGGCAGCUUUGCUUCUGGGACUUGAUAGUGAUUUCUGCAACAUUUCAUCAUUGAAGAGCUGUGGAGUGAGCCUUCUGGUGCCAUGGUCCUGAUGUUCUCUAAAGACCAACAAUAUUACUUCGUAUCUCAAUCAUUUAGAUUUGAAGACUAAAUCACCCUGCCUCCAGUACAAGCAGUUUCUCUGUUCUGUGAUCAAUGUCACUCACAGGAACUUAAGUAACAAACGAAAUGAGCCUGGGGCGUGGAAAAUAUGACUUUUACAUUGGUCUGGGAUUGGCUAUGACCUCCAGCAUUUUCAUUGGAGGGAGUUUCAUUUUGAAAAAAAAAGGCCUUCUGCGACUUGCCAGAAAAGGCUCCAUGAGAGCAGGUCAAGGUGGCCAUGCAUAUCUUAAAGAAUGGUUGUGGUGGGCUGGACUGCUGUCAAUGGGAGCUGGUGAAGUGGCCAACUUCGCUGCAUAUGCCUUUGCUCCAGCCACACUGGUGACUCCACUAGGCGCUCUCAGCGUCCUUGUAAGUGCCAUUCUGUCAUCAUACUUCCUAAAUGAAAGACUUAAUCUUCAUGGGAAAAUUGGGUGUUUGCUAAGUAUUCUAGGGUCUACAGUUAUGGUCAUUCACGCUCCAAAGGAAGAGGAGAUUGAGACCUUAACUGAAAUGUCACAGAAGUUAGGUGAUCCAGGUUUUGUGGUCUUUGCAACAUUUGUGGUCAUUGUGGCCUUGAUAUUCAUCUUUGUGGUGGGACCUCGACACGGACAGACAAACAUUCUUGUGUAUAUAACAAUCUGCUCUGUUAUUGGAGCAUUUUCAGUCUCCUGUGUGAAGGGUUUGGGCAUCACCAUCAAAGAGUUGUUGGCUGGAAAGCCUGUUCUGCAGCAUCCCCUGGCCUGGAUUCUGCUGCUCAGCCUUGUGGUCUGUGUGAGCACACAAAUCAAUUACCUAAACCGGGCUCUGGACAUUUUCAACACUUCCAUUGUGACUCCAAUAUAUUAUGUGUUCUUUACAACUUCAGUUUUGACUUGUUCAGCUAUUCUUUUUAAAGAAUGGCAAGAUAUGCCUGUUGAUGAUGUCAUUGGGACUCUGAGUGGCUUCUUCACAAUCAUUGUGGGGAUAUUUUUGUUGCAUGCCUUUAAAGAUGUCAGUUUUAGUCUAGCAAGUCUGCCUGUAUCUUUCCGGAAAGACGAAAAAGCAGUGAAUGGCAAUCUUUCUAAUAUGUAUGAAGUUCUUAAUAAUAACGAAGAAGGUUUACCCUGUGUAAUUGAACACACUGGUGAAAAUAUUUCCCGUAGAAAUGGAAAUCUGACAUCUUUUUAAGGAUCUGAUUGAAAACUUAACCUAUAAUUCUGUUAUAGUGAUUUUUGAGUAUCAGAAUGUAUCUGAAAAAAAUUGUCCUCGAAUAAUGUCCUCUGAAGACCAAUCUUUUUUAAGUUUUCACUAAUUUGGAUCAGGAAAUUACUUUUCUUAUAUUUAAACAAUGGUAGCUCACUAAAAUGACCUCAGUAUAUGGAUAAUUUCUAAUAACAUUGUAUUAUUGUAAAAGUAUUUUACAUUUUUAUUCAUUCUCCAGAAAUCUAAAUGCACUAAUGACAAUUUUAAGCCUAUAAAAAUGUUUUAUUUUUUUCAUUCAUGAUAAACAUUAAAAUGUACAUUUGUGAUCCCCCAUCCCAUCAAUCCCUCACCAUACUAAGACUUUUGGAUUAUAAAAUAUAAUGUGUGUGUGAUUCCAAGAAAAUAAUUCUCAGGUGGUGAUUUGUCACCCAGACAUCUGGUUUCCCAUGCGAAUUUGAUGGCCUCAGUACUUCCUGUGUCCAUAGUGACUAGAGCUCUGUGUCAUCUUAUGUGAGCUCUUAGACCUUUCAGUAUCUGUUCACAAUGGACUGUAUUGUCUGUCAGCCCUUUUAACAACUCUGGGAUGUCAAAGAAGACUCACGUGGUUUCUUAAAUAUCAAAAGUCAUGCUUGGAUAAAAUGACAAAUUGGAACAAA